AUGGGAGUCACCAAUGGGGUGCCUAUCGGUGGGGCUUGGGAAGGCGACGGCGGGAGGCGACGGCGUCGGCGGUGUCCGUGUUCGUUCAGAGCAGGGGGCGAUUCGCGGAGGAAAGAGAGAGAGAGCGACCUUUGUUCGCGGAGAGGGGAGGCCAAAACGCAAUCGGGGUUCAUCGGCGUCGGGGUUGGCCAGCAAGGGCGCUCCGCAGAGGAAAGAGGGAGAGAGCGGAGCAAAGGUCACGAGAGGGAGGCGAAAGAGCAUCGGCGGCGGUGUCGGGGCGGAGGCGGAGGUGGAGGGGCGGAGGCGUUGGCGUCGGCGUCGGAGUCGGGGGCGACGGAGGCAACUCGCUUGAAGGGCGUCGGCGUCGGAGUCGGGUUCAGGGGUGGAGGCGGAGGCUACGUCGACGUCGGCAUCGGAGUUGGGGGCGACGGAGGGGCGUCGGCAUCGCGGUUCACUGGAAAGGGUGUCGGCGUCGGCGUCGGCGGAGCUAUAGUCUGCUGCGGCUUUGCUGGUUGUUCACUAUCACCGACUUUAGGAACUGUGGCUUCAUCUGCAGUCUCAACCUCUGUUACCUUCGAGGUCUCCGGAGUCUCUACCUGA